CAGAGUUUUCACAGUCGGGACUGCGUUGCCUAGCAGCUAGGCAGAGGAGGACUCUUUGCUACUACACACUGCCUUCUUUUAAAAAAAAAAAAAAACAUAUCAAGCAACCGCGGACGCUUCUCGGCUCUGUCUAAUACCUGUUCAUCUGUCCGUUUCCCUUUCGCCGUCAAUAUGCCAAACAUGCCCCAGACCGUGACACUAAAGGGACCCUCUCCUUGGGGGUUUCGACUGGUGGGAGGACGGGAUUUCAGCACUCCGUUAACCAUCUCCAGGGUAACACCAGGUAGCAAAGCAGCCCAAGGCGACCUCUGUCCGGGAGUCACCAUCCUGGCAAUCAACGGCGACAGCACAGAGCAGAUGACACACAUGGAGGCUCAGAACAGGAUCAAAAACUGCACUCAGCAGCUCACACUCGACAUCAGCAGGUCAGGAUCAGGAGACAGAGUGUGGUCGCCAACAGUCAGUGAAGAUGGCAAGACAAGCCCUUACAUGGAGCCUGACUCACAGAAUUUCCGUCCCAUCACCAGCGGGUAUGGAAGUUACAGUCGUAAACCUUCAUACACUCCUGAGCCCCAGUCCCCGCUGCCUGUCCAGUCCCCGCUGCCUGUCCAGUCCCCGCUGCCUGUCCAGUCCCCGCUGCCUGUCCAGUCCCCGCUGCCUGUCCAGUCCCCGCUGCCUGUCCAGUCCCCGCUGCCCGUCCAGUCCCCGCUGCCUGUCCUGCCCACUCACAUGAAUAAUGGACACUCCAGACCCAACAAUGGACACAGCUAUGGCUAUGGAAACGGGCACGCUCAGUACAACAACCCAUCUGGACUUUACGACAGCAAUGGAGACAGAUCUCUGCCGAGCAAGAUGGGAGGACUCAGCCUCAGUGCCACGCACAGCCCAGAGCCUCCCACACACUCUCCUGUGGGCCGUAAUGGUGUCGACACGCAGUCAGACGUCUACAAGAUGCUGCAGGACUACGUGGAGCCCGUCUCUGAACCCAAACAGUCAGGCUCCUUCAAAUACCUCCAGGGAAUCCUGGAGGCAGAGGAUGGAGGUGUUUCCCCAACAGACAGGAUGAGGAACUUAAAGUCCCCAAUCAGGUCUCCAAUCCCCAAACUGGGAAGCCCCAUCCCCAGCCCCAUGCCUGGUCUUCAGAAGCUACCCCAGUGCACACGCUGCUAUAACGGCAUUGUUGGCACCAUCGUAAAAGCUCGGGACAAGCUCUACCACCCCGAGUGCUUCAUGUGCGACGACUGCGGCAUGAACCUCAAGCAGAGAGGGUAUUUCUUCAUCGAGGACAAUCUGUACUGUGAGACCCACGCCAAGGCUCGCGUCCAGCCUCCAGAAGGCUACGACGUUGUUGCCGUUUACCCAAACUCCAAGGUGGAGCUGGUCUGAGACAAAGACGGAGCAGGAGCUGGAUGUAAUGUAAUAUAACAGGGAAAGUAAAAUGUAGGUGAACAGGGCUACUGAGUAUUCUAGUGUGCAUUUAUCAGGCUCUGUCAAGCAGGAAUGCAGAUCUUGGAUAAGUUUUGCCUUUGGGGGGGUUCAUAAAUGUUGUGAUCCAAAAUCAGCAUUUCUACACAGACAGAUUGAUAAAUUCUGUGUCCAUUGAUAAUUAUGAGAUAUGUCGACAGAUAUGUGGCUUGGAUCUGAUGAGUGUCCCAAAACUCAAACCCAUUUUAAAAAACUGACAUUCAAUGCUACGUCCCAACAUGACAGCACUCGUUUACCAAUAAGUGUUGACAUUGGAUUUUAGAUCCAUGAGAAACAUUGAACUCAUCAUGUUCAUAGACGAGUUGUGCAUAUUCAAGCUCGCAUCCACAUUCCAAGCAGAACAUGUUAAAGGCCACAUAUUAUGCAAAAUACACUUUACCAUGUUUUUUAAACACUAA